GUCAUCAGACUAGCAUCUUCAGUCGGUAGUCAAGAAGACUCAAAUACAACUCAGCUGAUCUACACAACUUCACCAGGUUGGAGAAAUGGCCUCAGAUCACAUGGUGGUUGCUGCCCUAGGUCGACCUUUCACCCUAGGAAUGCUCUAUGAUGCUCGGAAAGAUGAACUGAUCCCAGGUUUGACUCUGUGGGAUCAUAAAACUCUACAAGAGAAAACAGUUGAAAGCUCUCAGCACAGCAGUUCAUUUAAAAUUUCUGCAUCUGACUCCACUGAAUCCAAGUCCUCUCUGCUGGAUAUUAACGCUUCUCUGAAGGCCAGUUUCAUGGGUGGACUGAUUGAAGUUGGAGGAUCUGCCGCAUAUCUCAAUGAUACGAAGAAAUUCAAGAAUCAGAGCAGAGUGACGUUUCAAUACAAAGCCACUACCAACUUCAAACAGUUGUCAAUGAUUGACCUUCAAACCAUGGACCCCGAACAGAUAGAUCUUAUUGAGAAGGGCUUCGCAACACACGUAGUCACAGGCAUCCUUUAUGGUGCAGAUGCUUUCUUUGUGUUUGACAGUGAGAAGUUAGAAGCCAGCAGCGUUCAGGACAUCCAGGGCGGCAUGGAAGCUGUGAUAAAGAAGAUCCCCUCGUUUGAUAUUCAGGGGAAAGUUGACAUCAAGCUGACUGAUGAAGAAAAAGCUCUGACCAAGAAAUUCUCCUGCAAAUUCUACGGAGACUUCAUUCUUGAAAGCAACCCUGGAACAUUUGAAGAGGCAGUGAAGACCUAUGCAGAACUUCCAAAACUGCUGCAACAGGAAGAAAAGGGAGAGAAAGGUGUUCCACUGAUGGUCUGGCUGAUGCCGUUGAAGAGUUUGGAAGCCAAAGCUGCUGAGUUUAAGAGCGUCAGUGUUGGAGUAGUGAGGAAGGCGGAGAAUGCUCUAGAGGAUUUAAGGGAGCUAGUAAUGAGAUGCAACGAUUCUCUGGCCGACAGUGUUGGAGAGGAUUUUCCACAGAUUCACAAGCAUCUAACCACUUUCAAAGUAUUGUGUAAUCAGUAUGCAGCUAGCCUCCAGCAGACCAUGGCGGAGGAACUUCCUCUCAUCCGUGAAGGUAAAGAAAAUGAGAGCAAAUUAAAAAAAGUCUUUGAAGAUAGAGACAAGUCACCAUUCAGUCAUGAGAAACUAAGCAACUGGCUGGAUCAUAAGGAGAGAGAAAUCAACGUCAUCAGGUCCUGUGUAGAAAUAAUGCAGGGAACAAAGAUCAUCCCGAAUCAGUCAGAGCUGGACAGAGAGGUUCUUGCUUCAGGUGUAGAGGAUGCUCUGUGCUUCGUUUUCACCUCCCUGGAGACUGCUGACCCCGUCCUGGAUGAGAUGGGCAACUAUGUGGAUACACUUCUGUUAGUAAGUACCAAUGAAGUCCCGUGGUACUACUCAGAUGAAGUUUUAACCAACAUGAGAGAAAAAGCCAAAGCUUUCCAUGAUAUUGCCAAAGUCUUGAGAAAAAACAGCAGAUUGCGCUUCCUGAUUGCAGCCUUUGCCAAUGAGAAAUACAAAGGAGCUUCAAUCUACCAUUACAAAGACGGCAUACUGGUCAAUGAGGAUUUCUCAAAGCCUGACAUCACUAAUGUGGAGGCUGUCACAGACAGAAGAGACUUAAUCUGGUACGCCUGUGAUCUCACUCUGGAUCCAGACACAGCACACAACAGCCUCACUCUGUCCGAUGGAAACAAGAAGGUGACACAUGGAGCAGUACAGUCGUACCCUUACCUCCCACAGAGAUUUGAUCAUUAUCCUGAGGUCCUGUGCAGAGAGGGUCUGACUUGGCGCUGUUACUGGGAGGUGGAGUGGAGUACUGGCUAUAGUGAAGAUGUAGCUGUAGGUGUUACCUACAUAAGGCUGGGAAGGAAAGGAAAAGGCAACGACUGCUGGAUUGGAGGGAAUCCAAUGUCCUGGGCUUUAGGCCACAGAUGGUCCCCACCAGAUCCAACUCUCUAUGCAGAUAUUAAUUGUUCCCAACUCCGAUUCCCUGUUCCUGCUACUGGCUGCACUCGACUGGGAGUGUAUCUGGACUGGCCUGCUGGCACUCUGUCUUACUAUAAUGCCUCAUCUGACACACUGAGUCACAUCCAUACCAUCCGCACCAAGUUCUCUGAGCCUGUUUACCCAGCUUUCAUGGUUUGGCGUGACUUUAACUACGCAUUUCUGUCUCUGUAAACUUGGCUCAACAUGAUUCAAUUCAAAUGUCAGUCACACGUAACAAUGUGAUAAAUCAUAUCGCUUUCCUUUUCAUAUGCAAACUAUCUACACACAAAAUACAACUCCAAUACAAAUCGAAACUCAAGCCAACCCUAUCAUAUUAUUAGGGGCCAAGCAGCAAGUGUUGCAAAGUACUACUACCUCUUCCUUCCUGUUUUGAUGCAGUUAGCAAGUUAGCUCUGACUGUAAGAGAACUACGGAGCAGGGGUGUGGUGGGUGUGAAGAUAAGUAACCCUUAAUUAUCCUCCACCUUCAAAUGAAACUAGAGUUUACUCUUCUAGAGCUCGACGCCUGCUUGAAUAAAUGUUUUCUGAUAAUCAUAUUUGAUUACCCAGUUAUAGCACAUACAUACACAGCCCUACUCCACAGGUGCACCAGCUGUUUUUCCCCGAUGAACUUCAAAUUGACAGAAGUGAGCGGGUGAAUGAAUUCCACUGAGUUGAGUGGAUUUUCCUAAUUCCUGGUGUUCAUUUUGCUAUAUUGUUAUCUUAAUCAAGUUUGAAUAUCUUAAUUGCACAUGUAAUCAUGUUUGAAUAUCUUUACUGCACAUCUAAUCAUGGUGAUUGUGGGGGAAAUUACACAUAUCACACAAAUAAUCCUCAGAAAGGCCAGGCCAGAUAGUUUGUAAGAGGGUAGUAAAUUGCCACAGUGCCUUAAGAUAAGAACAGACCAGAUAAGACCGGCUUUGGUCGAAGGGAAUAUUACCAGGAUGAAAUAAAUAAGAUGAGAUUGCUGCAAAGGUAUUAAAGUUGUGAACAACUUGUCUUCAGUGUGCACAUUAUGAACUAACCUUUGUCUUGUGUACUAUGCUCUGAGUAUUAAUAAAAUGUGACAAUACUGCAAGACAUUUUUGUCUCUACUACAUUGAUCUGACACAUAACAAAUAAAGACUUUUUCACACAAACAUAUAUAGAGUUUAUAGAAUAAGAUGUUAUAAAUGAAACUACCCAACGGUUUAUACAAGUACAGUCCUUUAAUAAAUCACCACUGGUAGAAAAUACCUCCUGUGGUGUUCUUUGGUGAACAUUGUCUAACAGAUGUAACAGUAUGGUCAGAUAAGCUUUGUUUAAACCCUGAGAACUUUAAGAUCCCAAGCUUUCCAAAAAUACAAAAUUUGUCAGGAUGGAAUCAGAUGAUUUUCCAGCCUUAAGACUGCAGUUGUUUGAACAUACACAGAGCAAAACCUUCUUUUUUCAUCCUGAAAUAUUUGGUAUCUUUGAAAACUUUAGGAUCCCUACUCCAACUACUAAGUUCUGUUUCAGCAGAGUUUCAGAGGGUUAAGCAAGGGCAGAUUCACAGAGAAAAUAACCAAGGAAUGAGCACACCACACCAACAAAAAGCAUUUUUAGGCUCAAUCGUCCUCAUAAUCCUGAAUGUCAAAUUUGAACCAAAGUUAGAAUAUUUGCGUUUCCUGAAGAAAAUGCGUGUCACUGCUGCAUCUGCUUCUGCCACCGCUAUUGCUGCUCACAGACACAGCUUCUGAAAGAGUCCCAGCCAGAAGUGUUUGUGAUUCACAUCUGAAGAUACCACCCACAUUUGGACGAAUACUGUAUCAAAAAGCUAAUAUGUGACAGCAGUAGCUCAGUGUGUAGGGACUUGGCCUUGGAACUGGAGGGUUGCUGGUUCAAGUCCAGUAUGGAGUGUGGACUGGUAGCUGGAGAGGUGCCAGUUUCACCUCCUGUGCACUGCUGAGGUGCCCUUGAGCAAGGCACCUAACCCCUAACUGCUCCCUGGGCGCCUACAGCUGCCCACUGCUCCUAAUGUAUAUAGUAAUGUAUAUAGGAUGGGUCAAAUGCAGAGGGAAAAGUUUCAUUUCAUGUAUGUUAAAUUCUGUAUAUCCUGUGAAAAUGACAAUAAAAAGACUUUAUCUUUAUCUUAUAAUACUACACUA